AUGGAGACACUCAAGAACGUUCAUUGUCUCAAUCACGAGCCCGCCAGGGUCGCAGUUCCCGAGCAAGGAGAGCCCGGUUUCGGCUUCAGUAUCUCUUCGACCCCUCCAACUGGUGUUUCCCCCGACUCACCAGUCCGAAUCGAGACUCCCGACGCCAGAACAGUGGCAAAGCUCGAGCUGGAGGUCCACGAACUCAGCCUGGAGUUUGACCGGCUCGUAAACCUCAACCACUUCCUCUCCAAGGAGGUCACGCUUCUCCAAGCCUAUGACCCAUCCAUUGUCCUUGUGAGGUUCCACAAUGUCACGAAUCCUUGCGACAUCAAGAGAUACUUUCUCUCCUGUCCCAGAGAUAGCUUGAUCGACGACAUUGUCCUCCGUCUUCCGUCAGAUUGGAAUGUGUCUCUCACAUCGCAGUUUGUGGGCACCGGAGACCGUCUUGGUGUCUUUAACAAGCCCGGAGCCCGUCUCAAAGACCUGCGAGGGUGGGUGAGAUACCUGGAGCUGGGUGGCCUGGUGUUUGUGUCUGAUUGCACAACUGGGGCGGGUUCUCAGACCGCGGUAACUGGAGAGAUUCCCUCACCACCUCUGGAAUCAGAUGCUGGCGGCGAUUCAAGGUCUCGGAAAAGCAAACGAGCCGGUAAUGUCCCCGUCUUAGAGGAUCAACCCUUUGCUUCUCCUUCGACCUCUUCCUCGGACACUGGUCGCAAGAAGAGAAAAGUUACUGCGACCAGAGACAAAAAGGUCCCCUUGGCUAGAAAGAAGAGAAAAGCGGCAACUUCUCGAUCCAACCCAACAAAGAAUUAA